AUGAAUCCUGGCUACAGUUAUCAACAUGCUGAUGGGCCGUAUCCAUAUGGCGUAGAUCCCAUAUGGAAUGUCGCUGAAAACAAACUGAACUUCCUGAACUCGAUGAAAAUGAAGCUGUCUGUUAUCGUCGGAAUAGCACAGAUGACAUUCGGUGUUAUAUUGAGCUUCUACAAUUACAGAUUUUUCAAAUCGAAGAUCGACAUCUUCACCGUGUUCAUUCCCCAGAUGCUAUUCAUGACGUGCAUUUUCAUCUAUCUCUGCAUACAGAUAAUUAUAAAAUGGAUUUUCUUCUGGGUAAAAGCGGAAUGGAUCUUUGGCCAGCUUUAUCCUGGUUCCCACUGCGCUCCGUCUCUUCUGAUUGGUCUUAUCAGCAUGUUCAUGUUCAAGGAAAGACCACCCGGUUUCGUUCAGAUGGAUAAGCCCAUUGCCGGAACAAGUAACCCAGUGCAGUACGCGGAGCAAGAACAAUGUUAUUUGACUCAGUGGUAUCCUGGACAGAGCGGUGUGGAAGCUUUCCUCGUGAUAGUAGCGGUGUUGUGUGUCCCAGUGAUGCUCUUCGGAAAGCCGAUUCUCUUCAUAAUGGAGGAGAGGAAAAAGAAGAAAGCAAUGGGCAGCAACAUAUCUGUGCGUGCGAACGUCGUCGCCGAUGACUCGGAGAUCAUCAUAAACGGCCAUCCACAAGAAGGAAGAAGUCGAGGCGACCGGCGGACAUGGUCAUGA